GCAAUGUCACCAUGCAUUUAUUAAACACCAAACGGAAAAGAUCAGUUUACCAUAACAACAACAAAAAGAAAAUUUUAAAAUGAGUUUUCAAUAGCAGAUAAAAUUUUAAAAAGUAUAAUAAUUGAUAUCGAAAUCUAAAAAUGGCUUCUAAAAAUUUUAAACCUUUAAGUUUAGACGAAAAAGAAAAUAUUAAUGCACUGUUUGAACUUGAAAAACUUUCUAAUAGAAGUCGAAAAGAGUUUUCGAAAUUCACCGAGCAAUUCAAAGGAGAGACUUUUCGUGUUUCUGAUACUCCGGAAACGUUGCUUCCUUCUUUUGGCGAAAACUACGACAUAACAAUAUUCUGCCAUCACUGCUCUUUGUAUAUUGAUGUAAGCAACUUACACAACCACAGAGCUUAUCACAAAGCUCUGGCCAUUCUUCAGUUAAAUCCCUCUGAUGAACCAUUGAAUUCACAGACAUUACUUGAUAAAAGACAUUCGGUCAUUAAACAGAUAAAAGAGGAUGCAACAGAAAAUAAGCAGCCUUUAGACAUCAGUCUGUUAAAAAAAAUUGACGAAGCUUAUGAAAUACUAAAAAAUGAUUCUUUUAGUGAUAUAUACAAACCUAACAAUAGUAAAUUCGAUUCUGAAAUACAAUCGUAUUCAUUUAAAUGUAGUGUUAAAUGUGUGUCAAGCGUAGGAAUUGCAACCUCUAGAAAUUCAAGAUGGAAAAAUGAAAUGGAGGAUGCUAAAGUUUAUCAAGAUCACUUUGGGGAAGAUAUAGAUAAAUGCUAUGUAGCAGUAUUCGAUGGUUACCAUGGCAGUAAUGCUGCAAUUAAAUGUAGUAAACAUUUGCAUGAAUUUCUUUUAAAAGAGAUACAGAAAUUCGAUUCUAAAAUUGUGUCAACGGUAGCAAGAAAUUUUGCGGAAUCUGAGUACGCCCAAGAAGACUAUGAGUUGCAAAGACCUGACACUAUAAAUAGUGUCACAAGAAAUCUUCACCAGGAAAGCAAAGUUUUAGUUCAGAAUAUACUAGACACUUGCUGUAAUGAAUACGAUUCUCAGAUGGAGACAACCAUGACGAAAUCAGUUGAGAAAAAGACAAAAAAGACAGACCUCUACAGCGACUGCAUGAAAAAGAAUAUACUAGACACUUGCUGUAAUGAAUACGAUUCUCAGAUGGAGACAACCAUGACGAAAUCAGUUGAGAAAAAGACAAAAAAGACAGACCUCUACAGCGACUGCAUGAAAAAGGCUUUCAAGAAGGCUUAUCUUUCUAUGGAUGAUCAACUUUCCUAUGGCAUUGAUGAACUAUCGAGAAUCCGAUGGAGUGGAACAUCAGCAGUUACUUGCUUGAUUCAGCAGUCUUCAAAUCAAGAGCUCUCCGAUUCACAAAUACAAGGAGAAAUUCACCUUGCGAAUGUUGGACAAGCUAAAGCUCUGCUGGUGAAAGACAAUAAGUUUGUUUGUAUCACUAAAGAUCACUCGCCUGAAAGUCCACCUGAAAGCAACAGAAUAUAUCGACAAGGUGGUUCUAUUACAAAGUCAGACAAAGGUUCACUCGUCAAUGGAGUUUUGUCUGUUACCAGAGGACUUGGAAAUUUCGGUGACAAGUUGUUGAAGGACUGUGUUAUUGCAGAACCCUACUUCAGAAGUGUUUCAAUUGAUCAAAACACUCAAUAUUUAGUCUUGGCAUCCAGCGGUGUUUGGCAAAGUCUAAAAAAUGAGGAAGUAGCUUCAUUAUUAACUAGGAUGUUACCUAAUCAACAAAUACCACCACCAAGUAGACUCAGUGAAUCUCUUCUUCCACUUUUGACACCACGAAUCAAUUCUGAACAAAAAAUACAUAGUACUAAUAAUGUUUUAAACUUCAAGACAAGUCAUAAUAACAAGUCUUCUUUUCACCAAGAAAAUGGCGCAGUAUAUAUUCCUGACGUUGAGCAUUGUAUUGAUACUGAUACAGUGGCGGAGACUGUGGAUACCGAAGUAGAUACAGUGGCGGAGACUGUGGAUACUGAAGUAGAUACAGGGGCGGGGAGUGUGGAUACUGAAGUAGAUACAGUGGCGGAGACUGUGGAUAAUGAAGGAAAUAGCACACUGGACAGUGAUAAUGAUGAGAGUAAAAAUGUCAAUCUUGCCAAAGCUAUGGCUGAACAGUUAACAUACGCAGCAUUGUUGGCAGGAGCUACCGAGAAUGUAACAGUUAUGGUUAUUUUAUUACCUGGAUGUAGAUGGAUGUCUUAAUAUUUCCAACGUGAAUGAAACUUUAUUUUUUAUAUAAUCAGUAUAGACUCAAACUGGUAUACAUUAAUAUGGUCAUAAAAUAUUGAACAAAUCUUAGGCUGCCUUCAGAGUUCUGUAUAUUUAUUUUGUUCGGCUGAGCAAAAGUUGCGUGUAUUGUACAAAUGCCAAGUUCUGGAAUUCUGGAGGAUUGAUACAGAAAUGUUAAAGUAAUAAAUGCAAUAAUUAAGUUGUAGAAAAUGUAAAAGUAGGAUGUAUAGAUGUUGUUACGAUUCUCUAUAAACCCUUGACAGAACACUAUAGCUAAGUCAAGUUAAUGAGUGUAGUAAAUAAACAAAAAGAAACAAAUACUUUACAAUUUUGAUAAUAGUCAAUGACACCUCUACAAAACACGUACUUGAAUCUCAGUCAGACUUGACCCAAAACAGAUAGAUAACCAUAUUACCAUUGAUCUACACGGGGAUAGUUAACAUCAGUCCUUUUUAAGUACACAGGUGGGCCCUGUAUUUGGUGCCUCGUAGUGCAUCGUGCAAUAAGCUCCACUGGACAACAGAUAGUGAUUACACUAUUAUUCUGUAGGUUUUGUACUUGAGUGUCAAGAUUCAUAACCCAAGCAGGUACCCUUGGGUCUUUUAACCACCAGUAUUUCCCAACAGGCAGUCUACUGCCCAUGGCUUCAUUUGACUGCUUUCUGUGCUACACUGCUUGGACAUCGUUGCUAAGGACUUCAAUCUUUUACUUCGUCCCUACUGCUGGGAUUUCACUGCGACGAUUUCAUCCCUUUGCUUACUUCUGAAUUCCAGUACUAAUACUAAGGUAUGAUGUAGACAAUGUGAAAUUAUGAUGUAUAAAUAUUUAGUAAGAUGUAGAAAAUGUGAAGGUAUAAUAUAUAAAUAUAUGGUAAAAUGUGAAGGUAUAAUAUUUAAAUAUACAGUAAAUUGUGAAGGUUUAAUAUAUAAAUAUACAGUAAAUUGUGAAGGUAUAAUAUAUAAAUAUACAGUAAUUUGUGACGGUAUAAUAUAUAAAUAUUUAAAUAUACGGUAAAAUGUGAAGUUAAGAUGUACACAAUAGUAUGUUAUGAAAAGUUUUUGUUCUAUUAAACUUCAGAUUGUCGAAUCA